AUCCCGAUGGAGGAGAAAAGGGGCUGGUACUUCACCAUGGCAACACUCUUCAUCAGGCUGGAUGGCAUCUUCCUGGAGCUGGGCAGUGAGGAGCAGAAGAGGCUACCCACCUUCAACCGCACGCUGGCCCUGCUCCGGCAAGUCCUCAAGUCCUCUGACCCCCACCACCGAGCUCUGGCCUGGUGCUACCUUGGGAUGCUGCUGGAGAGGAAGGACGCCUUCUCUACCACCCCCAUGGGCAUCCACGACUGCGGGUACUCGGGGACCGAUCCUCUGGACUGCUUCGGCAAGGCCAUUGAGAUUGCCAAGGACCAACCUGCCAUCCUGAAUCGACUGGCCAAAAUCUUCUACUUCUUAGGAAAGCAGGACAUGGCCAUUGGAACCUGUAACAUGGCCCUGGAUGUCCUACGAGAUCCGGAGCUCAACUGGCAGGCUUACUGCACUAGGGCCAAGAUCCACAUCAGAGCCUACCUGCACGACCUGGAGCGGGCCAAGAUGGGGCUUGGGGGCAUGCCUGACAGGAACCACCUGGCCUAUGCCAAGGCUGACCUCGAGGAGGUGGUCAAGGUGUGCCCAGGCCUCAAGACCUACCUGGAUAUUGGGCAG